AUGGGCGCCUGCGUCUCGCUCUCGCGCUCGCCGCCGGCGCCGUCAACAGCAGAGGCGUCCCACUCCCAGCGAACCGCGGCGGCCACGGUCAAGGUAGUGAACCUGGACGGCUCCAUGGCGCAGCUGGCGGGGCCGGUCACGGCGCGCGAGGCGCUGGCACCGGGCGACGGCGGCGGCGGGCGCCAGCGCCACCACCGCGUCUCGUCGCCGCCGCCGCGGGUCUUCCUCUGCAGCGCCGACGAGCUGGGCUACGACGCGCCCCCGCGCGCGCUGGCCGCGGGCGAGGCGCUCCAGCCCGGGCAGCUCUACUUCGUGCUCCCCGCCUCCGCGCUGCGCCGCCCGCUGGCCGCCAAGGACAUGGCCGCGCUCGCCGUCAGGGCCGCCACGGCGCUCGCGGCCGCGGCGGGCUUGUCGCCGCGGCGAGAUAAACAGGGCGGGACGACGGCGGCGGGCAAGCGGCGGCGGCGGCGGCAGGCGACGGCGCGAGUGGCUCCGCUUCUGGUCGCCGUGAGCAGAGAGAGCCCGCCUGAUGGUGGGUACACGGCGCGUCCGGCGGUUCAGGAAGGUGAACGCACGGUGGUGGGGGGACAAGAAAGGGAGCUGCUGGUUACAGAACAGGCGGUUCUCGCCAUCGUGCCGCCGUGCAGAGGUUAA